AUGGAGCGAGACGAAGUUACCUGGGACAUCAUCAGCAAGCAGUCCUGUAGCUUCCAAGGGACGAUAAAUACACAAAACUUAUGUAGCAAUGUGUACAACCUUACCGGAAGCUAUUCGCAGCCGGCUUGUCCGUUCGCAAACAGUCAGUACGCGAUAGUGCGGGAAGAAAAUGGUGUCAUAUUCCUGUAUAUCGUGACAACCGAACGUAACCCAUUUCCGGUUAAGCAUUGCAAGAAGGUGAAGCUUUCGAACAAUUACGAUAAGGCUCUUUACCAGAUUAAGAAAAAUCUACUGUACUGGGAACGUUGGGUACAAAAGAAAUGCAAGCAGCGGUUUAGGAAGACAAGGCAGAACUUAGUCCGCAUGCGUAGCCUACUGUUGCAUCGACAGAAGAAGCUGAUACCUUUGUCUACGAAGGUCGUGCGCCGGAAGCGGUUGACGAUGGGUAUGCACCAUGAAGCUCACAGCUAUCCGCAGACUUUAAUCCUUGGAGUCUUUGUUACAGAAGAGCUAAAGGAGGCCAGCCAGACGAAUGAAAUGGAGCAGGAUCGGGGAAUAUGUGAGGAUGUUGUGGAAAGCUACGAUUCAGACACUGGAAGUGAAUCGGAAGAGCCAGUACGGAAUGAGGUGGACAGCGAAUUGAAAUCAAACGGCAAACACCCCAAACCGGACAUCGAGGAGUUUGGACCGACCAUGACCCAUGGCAUGACGAAAUGCGUAUCGGAAAAUGACGAUUGUACUUCCGCUGGUUCUACUAAGAAGUGUGAUACUUCAGGCAACAGUCGCAAACUCGACAUUGAGGAUGAGAGUGCGUUAGUUGUGAAAGAGUUAGAAGAGGACAGCGAGACAAAUGGAAUGGAACAGGAACAGGAAACAUCUGAGGAGCUUGUUGAGAAUUACGAUUCAGACACUGGAAGUGAAUCGAGAUUGACUUUAACAAUUACAUUACGCAUGGACAUCGAGGAUUAUGUAUCGAACAUGUCCAUCAACGAGGCUUAA